ACAAUGGGAAAUGUUUCGUACUUAUGGCUUUGUUUGGCAGCCCUAUUAUUAAGCGGUGUAAAUGCUCGAGAUGAGGACAUUUGCCGUUUGUUCUCUAAUGGCACUGUCAUCCGUGAUCCAGACUCUUGUAGCCGUUAUAUAACCUGCAUUGACUUCACUAGCCAUUAUAGCAGUUGCACUGGAUCAACGGCCUUCUUCGAUAAGGACUCGGAAAAAUGCGUUAAGAGCUUGUCGAGCGAUACAACUUGCCAAGUCUCGUGUGCCGGAGCCAGCGAGAAAUUUGUUGCCGAUCCCAAAUCCUGCUAUGGCUACUACUAUUGCGCCAACGAGGAGACACCCAUGUAUGGCACUUGCCCGGAGGCAACACACUUCAAUGCCACCACACAAGCCUGUACCCGUCUAUAUGAGUCGGCUUGCAGUGUCCUUAGCUUUGACUAUUGUAGCAUUGUCAAGAACAGUGUGAACUUUGACAAUGUUCAGGCGUGCAAUCAGUAUCACACCUGCACCAAGGGUAAAUUGACCACAAAGACCUGCGAUAGUGGCUAUUACUAUCAGGCUAGUACGGGUACUUGUGUGGUCAAAGCCAAAGUUGAGUGUGUUGCCCAUCCGCUGCCCAAGGAUGUGUGCGGCACUGCAAAGAAGCCCUAUGCCAACAAAUUCGUAUCGGACGGUGCCACAUGUCGUGGCUAUUUCUAUUGUGCCUCGCAAGCGGAUGGCACUCCGGAUGCAAGUCCCACCUGGAAUCAGUGUCCCAAUGAUAAGUUUUUCGACAGCACCACCGAAACCUGCCGUACCCCCAAUGAAGUCAAGUGCACUGAGGAUCGUUGCGAUGGACGUUCAAAGAGUUUUGUACUGAGCAGCACCACGGGAUGCCGUCACUACCUGCGAUGCGUGGAUGGCAUCACCCUGGACGAAAAGAGUUGUGGUAAUUACUUCUUCGACGAGGAGAAAGGCGCAUGUGUGGCCAAUGUUUUAACCUUUGACAUUUGUUAAAUAAGCAACAGAUGUACAUAAUUUGUUUACAUUAAUAAAAUUUCAAUCAUCGA